AUGGCAACUGCCGAGCAGAUGAUAGCCAACUUGAGGUCGAGGGCGAGCCUCGUGGCGUCGCAGGUUGCCGCUGGCCUCGAUCGCGACACCCUCCUCGUCAGCCAGGCCCAGGCCUUCCUCGUCGAGGUUCGCGCUGCUGGGCAACUCACCGUCAACGACGUCACGAUGAUCUCCAUUGAGAUUGUGAAUGGCCCAUGGGGCCUCACGGAGAAGACUGCGCUGGCCACUGCCGUCGCCGCGCAGGCCAGCAGGCCCGCGCAGCAGAGGGGCCAGAAGCAGCACAGGGAGAACCAGACGAUGACGUACGUGGAGAGGUACUUGACCGAUCGCGACUGGGCUUGCCUCGCCGACUCUGGGACAUCCGUUGAGGCCAAGCUCCACCACUUGGCUGAGCGCUUGUGGCUGCUGGGCGUGACGUGCCCGUCGAUACCAUUGCUCAAGCGCGCAGUGGCCAAGGUUGUCUUGGUCGGGCUUCCGGCUGAGAGCCGAGGCGCUACGGCCGAGACCAAGCAGCAGUGGUGCAAGACGCUGAAGGGCGCCAUCAAGUCCAUCGACUCGCAGCGGGACCACCCAUCGCAGCACGUCAAAAUAUCAUGGGAGCCGCCCACUGACAUGCCACAGUCGUCCCGCACCUUCGCCUACAAGGAUGGGGGCCCUGCUGCCGCCACUCCAGGGGCGGUGACCCCGUUCGCCCUCGAUGCUGCCGUGCGCUCGUUUGGCUACAAGCACAACCACGGAUCCCUGAAGGCGGCCCAGACGACAUCGUCAAGCCCAUCCUCGGCCCUGGCAGUCCCAGGUGGUGCGCACUCGAGCGGCGGGCCUUUCAUGGGCAUGGAGGGCAUGUCCACCGCGCAGGGAAUGCAGUUCCUCAUGCAGAUGGCACCCUUCGUGAACCAGCUGAUGAAAGGCGGCAACCCCGAUGCUCGCGGACGCGGCCAAGCUUGCCCGAUCACUUUCAACAGGACUUCACAGCGUGGCAGUGCAGCUCCCAGCUUGGCCCCGACUGAGACAAUGAGCUUCGCGAGCCAUCACGGGACGCUGUCUGCUGCUACGAUGCAAUUAGCAGCGGUUGCUGCGAACUCCGAGCAGGACCUCACGGGGUUUGAGUCCCAGCUGUCCGGGCCAUCGAGCGACUACCCGUCGCCGCCACCGCCGUCCUCCGCUAGCGGUGCAGUCGUCCCAUGUGCAGGCGAGGCAACGCCAGCGUUUGCUUCGCCUGCAACGCCGCAGCCUGUUCUUGGUGGCCCUCCUGCCCCGCGGCCAGACCCAGCGCAGGCGUUGGAGGCGAAGGUGAACGAGUCUGCGGCUGCGGCUGGCAGUCACUACCAGCGGGGCCCAGUGCUCAGGCGGCCCGCUGCGGCGAUCGCUAUCGCUAUCGAGGACGGCGCCGAUGCCGACGGGGACGAGGCGUCGCCGCUUCCGAAGGCCAAAGGCAAGGCCAAAGCCCAGCCCAAGGCCAAAGGCAAUGCCAAGGGCAGGGCCAAGGCUGCGGCGAAGCCCCAGGGCAAGGACCCGAAAGGCGUGAUGACUAAGAACGGCGUGACCAUCGACAUCCGCGAUGUGAUCGCGAAGGAGUCGAUCGACGGGCGCGACUGCAAUACUUUUGCGUCGCGCGCCUACGGCCGCGCCAAGAGCCAGGCGAAGGCUGGCGGACUCGAGCCCUCGGUCGUGACAGAGAUCGCGAAGUGGGGCUUCGCUGUGGCAGCUGAGGCCUGGAAGAGCUGA